UGAGAGAGGUCAUUGGAAAGUGAGCACAGAGCUACCUGGGCUGGUUCGGGGGACAGAAAGAUACUUUAUUGCUACCAGCUAUUCCGGUACCGGAGUAGAUCCAGCGGAAUCUAAAAGGUAUUUAGCGACUAAACUAACCAAGACGAAAUGCUUCGUCUCGUCCUGCGGCUGAGGAAUUCUUCAGCGAUUCCCCGGUGCCGUGGUGCCCUACCUGGGCCUGCCCUGAGCUCUCGCCCCUCUCCGGGACCUUGUCAUCUGAGGCGUUACCACGGUUUUGUCCGGUCAAGGGCUGUUUGCAAUGGAGGUAGUUUGAACACCGUGGUGCUCGCCAGCAGAACGGCCCUGUUGCAAGCCCCCCUGCCCGCCAGCAGCACCCAGCGCUUCUACAGCCUACCACCGCACCAGAAGGUGGAGACGGACAAGGCCACGGUGGGGUUUGAGCUGUUGGAGGACUGUUACCUGGCCAAGAUCCUGGUACCUGAAGGAACUAGAGACGUCACCGUGGGAGCAGUCAUCUGCAUCACCGUCGACAGUGCUGAUCUGAUCCCAGCCUUUAAGGACCUGACGUUGGACAAGCUGGCUGCUAGCUCUGCCCCUUCUGCAGCUGCCCCUCCCCCCCCCACUGCUGUCGCCCCUGGCAGCUCCCUACCAACCCACAUGAAGGUGUGUCUGCCAGCCCUGUCUCCUACGAUGACCAUGGGGACAGUGCAGCGCUGGGAGAAGAAGGUUGGAGAGAAACUCAGUGAAGGAGAUCUACUGGCAGAGAUAGAGACCGACAAGGCUACCAUCGGGUUUGAGGUGCAGGAGGAGGGUUACCUGGCGAAGAUCAUGGUGUCUGAGGGAACGCGUGAUGUUCCUCUGGGCGCUCCUCUCUGCAUCAUCGUGGAGAAGGAGAGUGACAUCGCUGCCUUCAGCGACUAUGUAGAGGCAGCAGGGGCUGAUGUCUCCACCCCACCGCCUGCUCCUGCACCGGUUGUAGCCCCCACUCCUGCAGCAGCUAGCCCAGCUCAUGUGGCCCCGGCAACCCCAAGGAAAGGCCGUGUCUUCGCCAGCCCGCUAGCCAAGAAGCUCGCUGCUGAGAAGGGCAUUGACCUGGCCCUGGUCAGCGGCUCCGGUCCUGAUGGUCGAGUCACCAGGAAAGACAUUGAGACCUUCGUCCCCCCCAAGGCUGCUCCUGCUGCUCCUGUUGCUGCAGCGCCUCCUUCCCCGGCUAGCCACGCCCCUACAUCUCCCCCGGGUGUUGCCGCGCCAACAGGCACCUUCACUGACGUUCCUAUCAGCAACAUCCGCAGGGUGAUAGCCCAGAGGUUGAUGCAGUCUAAGCAGACCAUUCCCCACUACUACCUGUCUGUUGACGUCAACAUGGACCACGUCCUAGAACUACGCAUGGAGCUCAACGCUGAGGUAAAGGCCCAGAACAUCAAGCUGAGUGUGAAUGAUUUCAUCAUUAAAGCCAGCUCUCUGGCCUGCCUCAAGGUCCCGGAAGCCAACUCCCAAUGGCUCGACUCUGUCAUCCGACAGAACCAUGUGGUGGACGUGAGUGUGGCGGUGAGUACACCCAACGGUCUGAUAACGCCCAUCGUGUUCAACGCCCACACCAAAGGACUGGCUGCUAUCAGCUCUGAUGUCUCAGCCCUGGCUGCCAAGGCCCGCGACGGGAAACUGCAGCCGCAUGAGUUCCAGGGAGGCACGUUUACCAUCUCUAACCUGGGAAUGUUUGGUGUCAAGAACUUCUCAGCGAUCAUCAACCCUCCCCAGGCCUGUAUACUGGCAGUAGGGGGCUCAGAGAAGAGACUGCUGCCCGCAGACAAUGAGAAAGGGUUUGACGUGGCCAGCAUGAUGUCGGUGACGUUAAGUUGUGACCAUCGCGUGGUGGACGGAGCAGUCGGAGCUCAGUGGCUCGCAGAGUUCAGGAAGUUCCUGGAGAAGCCUGUCACCAUGCUACUCUGAUUGGAUAACACCCUCACCAGGCCACACUGUGGUUGGCUGGAGCCGUCGCCAAGCUGAUUGGUGGAAACCGUUCAUCAUGUUUCUGUGAUUGGCUGGCCCACCACAAGGACACUCCCCCUCCCCCUUAAAGGGGUGAGGCAGGACUCACUCCCCUCAGAAUAUCAGACACGUUUCCCUCUUCCUCUGUCUCUCCCCCCUCCAUAACUGUAUUUAUUGACAAAGUUACAGUUUAGCCCAGAGGCUGUGAUGUCACUACAACAUGUUGUUUAUAAAGGUAACUGUUACAGUUGGGAGAAGAUUGUGUUUAAAGUAAAAAAAGAUGAGAUUGGAGCUAAGAGUACGUUAGCAGAGAGAGAGACCUGAAGACACACACAGACAAACACACACACACACACUAGCCCAGCCCCUCUGAUCAGCCUGCUAUGUAGAACCAGUAUAGACACACACUAGCCCAGCCCCUCUGAUCAGCCUGCUAUGUAGAACCAGUAUAGACACACACUAGCCCAGCCCCUCUGAUCAGCCUGCUAUGUAGAACCAGUAUAGACACACACUAGCCCAGCCCCUCUGAUCAGCCUGCUAUGUAGAACCAGUAUAGACACACACUAGCCCAGCCCCUCUGAUCAGCCUGCUAUGUAGAACCAGUAUAGACACACACUAGCCCAGCCCCUCUGAUCAGCCUGCUAUGUAGAACCAGUAUAGAGACACACUAGCCCAGCCCCUCUGAUCAGCCUGCUAUGUAGAACCAGAAUAGACACACACUAGCCCAGCCCCUCUGAUCAGCCUGCUAUGUAGAACCAGUAUAGAGACACACUAGCCCAGCCCCUCUGAUCAGCCUGCUAUGUAGAACCAGUAUAGACACACACUAGCCCAGCCCCUCUGAUCAGCCUGCUAUGUAGAACCAGUAUAGACACACACUAGCCCAGCCCCUCUGAUCAGCCUGCUAUGUAGAACCAGUAUAGACACACACUAGCCCAGCCCCUCUGAUCAGCCUGCUAUGUAGAACCAGUAUAGAGACACACUAGCCCAGCCCCUCUGAUCAGCCUGCUAUGUAGAACCAGUAUAGAGACACACUAGCCCAGCCCCUCUGAUCAGCCUGCUAUGUAGAACCAGUAUAGACACACACUAGCCCAGCCCCUCUGAUCAGCCUGCUAUGUAGAACCAGUAUAGACACACACUAGCCCAGCCCCUCUGAUCAGCCUGCUAUGUAGAACCAGUAUAGACACACACUAGCCCAGCCCCUCUGAUCAGCCUGCUAUGUAGAACCAGUAUAGACACACACUAGCCCAGCCCCUCUGAUCAGCCUGCUAUGUAGAACCAGUAUAGACACACACUAGCCCAGCCCCUCUGAUCAGCCUGCUAUGUAGAACCAGUAUAGAGACACACUAGCCCAGCCCCUCUGAUCAGCCUGCUAUGUAGAACCAGUAUAGACACACACUAGCCCAGCCCCUCUGAUCAGCCUGCUAUGUAGAACCAGUAUAGACACACACUAGCCCAGCCCCUCUGAUCAGCCUGCUAUGUAGAACCAGUAUAGAGACACACUAGCCCAGCCCCUCUGAUCAGCCUGCUAUGUAGAACCAGUAUAGACACACACUAGCCCAGCCCCUCUGAUCAGCCUGCUAUGUAGAACCAGUAUAGAGACACACUAGCCCAGCCCCUCUGAUCAGCCUGCUAUGUAGAACCAGUAUAGAGACACACUAGCCCAGCCCCUCUGAUCAGCCUGCUAUGUAGAACAAGUAUAGACACACACUAGCCCAGCCCCUCUGAUCAGCCUGCUAUGUAGAACCAGUAUAGACACACACUAGCCCAGCCCCUCUGAUCAGCCUGCUAUGUAGAACCAGUAUAGACACACACUAGCCCAGCCCCUCUGAUCAGCCUGCUAUGUAGAACCAGAAUAGACACACACUAGCCCAGCCCCUCUGAUCAGCCUGCUAUGUAGAACCAGUAUAGACACACACUAGCCCAGCCCCUCUGAUCAGCCUGCUAUGUAGAACCAGUAUAGACACACACUAGCCCAGCCCCUCUGAUCAGCCUGCUAUGUAGAACCAGAAUAGACACACACUAGCCCAGCCCCUCUGAUCAGCCUGCUAUGUAGAACCAGU